GAUUCUGAUAGCCAUGGGUUUUCAAUAGGGUAGUUGUACAAUGCAUGUUGCUCAACCUCGAUCCGACAGGACCUCAGGGCUGGCACGUGGCCCGGUUACUCAGCAACCGCCGCCGGUGUUUCGGACUCUUCCCGCGUGCCGUUCACAUUUCACCGUUCACUGAACAUGUAUCCACUGCGAUCCACCGGCAAGUGUCUGCGAUGGGCAGGCCACCAGCGAGGCGAGCAUGCGACAGAUGCCAUAUCGUAAAAGAGAAAUGUAGGCGCAUCCCUGGCCGGGACGCGUGCGAACGAUGCCUCCGACUCCAGAACUCAUGUCAGACCCUGCGACCAGUAGGGACAGCCGGCCGCAAACCUCGGUACCAGCGCAAUGAAGAGAGUACACAGCGUCAGCUACACACGGCUCGGAGCGAUAGCAGCCUUUCUAUCGCUGCUUCAUCACCACAAUGCCCAGCCUCGGCCGCCAGCCUGGCUAUGCCGGAUUGGGACUUAGCAUCCCUGCCCAGGACUCCGUCUUCACUCGCGGACUUGACCGAGCGGGAAAUGCAUCUUGUCAAGGGCGUCUCCCAAGGAAGAACGCGCAUCGACCAGUUCUUGGUUGCUUCAAGCUUUCGCAUCACCCAUCACAAAGCUUUUGCGCAACAACUCCACGAUGCUACUGUGUGGGUUCAGGACUCGUUGUUGGCCACUGCAGCUCUUUUGGCUUGCGAGUACGAGCCUGGUUCCGACCAUGAGGAUCGCAUCAUCGGCCACAGGCGCGCAGCUUCUGCAAUCUCCACCUUGCGGUCUAUAAAGGCUGUCGAUCUCGGCGACCUUCCUACCAUUCUGAUGCUUUCGGUAAGCGCAAUCACCUUUGCGCUACAUAUCUCUGGACAAGCGUUAGAGAUAUGUCGACAUAGUCUCAACCUCAUCAAGCCCGUAUACGAAUCAUCAACGGAGCUUACUCCGGAUUGCCUUGCCUUCGUAAUUUGUCUCGUCCAAGCCGAGACCGAAGAGUGCAUCCUGCGGGGCGAGGUACCAACUCUACGAUUCACGGCUCGAGGGCUCGAUGACGUUGUGGAUCGGUACUUGGGCAUUUCGUCGCCCAUGCUACCGUACCUCUACGACGUCUGUACAAUUACCAGUACGCUACGUCAUGACAAGCACGUUGAUAUUUCUACAAUCAUGCAAGCUUUAGACGCGAUCGAAAUGGCUGUUGAGGCGUGGGAGCCAAAAAUGCCUGAAGCUCAUAUCACUCGCUUCUUGCAAGAGGAGGUGGCCAGUAUACUGGCUCAAGCCAGAUUAUAUCGUUGGUCUGUGUUACUCAUUGCACACCGACUGCGACAUCCAUAUGGUUCGGCUGUAGAAAAAGGGACGGUCAUAUCUAAUGCAAUCCUGGAAGAGCUGCGUCUGACACUCCAGUCCACCGGGCGCUCAGUGCCAGGCGCCACUGUCCCAUACAUGUUCGCUUGCUUCGAGUUGGUCGAUCCCGCUAAAAGAGAAUUGGCACUCAAAAAAACUGAUGCUGUUGUCGAGUUUUCGAAAGCGUGGCGGACCAAGAUCAAGAAACAGUUGACAGCAUUUUGGUUGAUCAAGGAUAACACGGAUCGAAUUCAUUGGAGCGACAUGGUGUCAUGGUUUCCUCAAUAACAGAUCUGGCGAUGGAGACUAUCACAUACAAGCGUUGUUUGGCUUCGUAUGCCUCGGCUGAAUGCGCCUUGCCAUGCUUCAAUGCCUUUCUGGAUCUGGGCGUUGUGAGAACUAUCAUUUAUCAACUCGGCUUGACCUCCUCGAGCAACCAUCGACUUUAUUCAAGUGUUCGAUGAGCUGGCUGUCGCAUCGCCAUUCGCUUGUACCUUUUCGCCGUCGCAAUCCUAAUUUUCUUGCCCCAGACUAGCAAGGGGAUAGGAAGCAGCAGAAUCGCAAAGCAAAAGGCCGCUGUAAUAAUACACACGUUU